AUGAGGGUCAUUAUCCAAAGGGUGUCUCGAGCCUCGAUUUCAUUCGCUCAAAAUCCGGAGAAAAUAGUAUGCUCCAUUGGAAAGGGUUACGUAAUUCUUGUCGGCAUACAUACCAGAGAUACAGAGUGUGACAUUGCUGAGCUGGUACCCAAAAUUCUGAAUAUAAAGUUAUUUUCGGACGCAAGUGGAAACCAUACUGGGCUUGAGGAAAAAUCUAACCAAAAAUCCCGUUGGAAAAGAUCAAUUAUCGAUGAAGAAGGCGAAAUUGUUCUCGCUUCUCAGUUUACUCUUUACGCAAUAGCAGGGAAAAAAGGCCGAGCUCCGGAUUUUCACAAUGCCAUGAAUGCAGAUGAUGCAAAGAUUCUGUUUGAAAAAUUCGCGCAUGAAUGUAAAAAGGCGUAUGGUGCAGACAAAAUUUUCACCGGGGUAUUUCAGGAGCAUACGCUUAUAAGCCUUACGAAUGACGGUCCCGUGACGAUCACUAUUGAGUCAACGUCUUACUUAAAAGAAGCAGGUGCAUUACUGAAUUGUUUUUUGGCUUUUUAUGUAUUGAUAUGA